CAAGUGAUGUCCCUUUGUAGAAAAUGAAAUUUCCAACGAGAGAUUUGAAAAGUUUAUGCUGAUAAUUAUAAAUAAAAAAAUUAUUUAAAAAUUUAACAAAAAAAAGAAAACCGAAAAGAAAAACACAUACCUAAAAAAAUUGGCUCUCAUAGGGGCAAGAAAUUAAAUUUUCAUAAUUGAUUGGUGAUGAGAUGAGAACCGAAAGAAACAUUCUAAUAAAAACAAAACCAUACAAUAUUAAUUUUAAAUUAAAUAUAAAACAGAAAACAAAAAAGGGAGAAGCCCCCAAGCUCCACCUCGCUACCCAUUCAUUUAUAAACGAAGCGAGAGCGAUUUCCAUAUCUGACACGUCUAGAGAGCCCCACAACAGAUCCCCCAGAAAAUGUGCUAAUCAGAAUUCCACACACACACACACACCCACAGACACCAUAAACCAUUUCAAAUAAUAAUAAUUAUAAUAAAAAAAACAAAUCGAAAUUCAAUUCGGUGGAAGAGAAGAGAAGGCGCGGAAAGGUUAUUUUGCAUAGUUCGCAUCGUGUCGUAGAAAAGUUUGAAAUUGUAUUGUAUAAAAAAGAAAAAACAGCAAAGAAUAUUUGUAAAAUUUACAUUUUCGUGUAAGUUUCUAAAGCAAAAAAGAAAUUCCAGUUGCAGUUGUUCUCAGCAGCGUUCCAAAAAAUAAGAGAAAAAAUGUUCAGAUCCAAGCGGCCGAUGAAGAAGAUCCUCGCGCGCGUCCGCACGGAUCUGCGGCAAUGUGUGUGUCUGUCCGGCUCUGGAGUGCGGAGAAUCGCCUACCCCCCGCCUCCAAGUUGCGACGGACACGUGUGAUAGUUGCAAUUUAUAUAAAUUAUAUAUACACAUAUGAGAAAAAAAACAAAAAACGAAACCAACAAAAACAAAUUAUUUCAUAAUUUUUAACUUUUUUUUAAUGUUUCUUUUUGCAUUGAGUUUAUAUUUUUUUCCACAUUCUAGCAACAAUCGAAGAUUUAAUGCUAUUAUCUUUAAAAAAACAAACAAACAAAACUAUCGUAAAACCAUAAAGAAUAAAAUAAAAAACUUACAUCUAGUAUGCAAUUAAGCGAAGGAUGGAAAACGGAUGAAACGAGUAAAGUGAAGUCUUUAAAAUAAACCUUGAAAUACUUUACCUAAAUAAAAACAAAAAAAAAAACGAACCACACUCAAUAUACCACAACAAAUUCUUGUUUGAAUCGUGCCACACCCAAUCAACAAUCUAUUAAUUUUCCAACCGCAAUUAUUUAUAUUGUAAUUUGCAAUCACAAAGCAAUCGAAUCGAGAUAUCCAACAGAACAGCCCAGAACAGCCCAAAAGACUCGUACUUGUUUCCAAUUUAUUAUUUCUAUGUUGUCUGUAUGUAUUUAAAUUUAACAUUUAUAAUAAAACGAAUGCAUCGUAUAUACUUAUAUAUAUAUAUAUAUAUAUAUAUAUACAUCUAUAUAUGUAUAUUAAGUCAUUCGAUUUGAAUCGAGAAUGAAACGACAUGGCACGAGUGCACUUAAUCGUUUGUGGUUUUCUCUCAUCGAAAGCUUUUCUUAGAACUCGGAUGAUACUUUCGCUUUUUAUAGGAUUUUUGAUAUGGUUUUAAUUGGAAGUGUGUGGGGGAUACUUUGAAGAGAGAGUAAUGGUACUUUUAGGAUGUGGGAAAUAGCAUUAGAUACAGUAGAUACAGAUACCCUUUAUAUUUUCUUAUUGUUCGCUUCAAGGAGACUGAAAAGCUGUGUACUUUCGAUGGCCUUAACCGGCAUAUUGAUCCACGCACUCGAGACGCACAAGCACAUGCUGCAAAAGGGAAUUUCUGUGAAUGACACAAUACAAUUGUGCUCGAUUCGAGACGCACAAGUGAAUGCUGCAAAGCGAACUCCAGAGACUGAUAAGAGAAUUGCAAAACCACAUAUGUACAUUGCAAAUUCAAACAACCUGCCCAUCACUGCUUUAGAUUAGUUAAGUUAAUAAUAAUUAUGAUUCAAACUGUUGGGAAAAAUGGAAUUUCGGAUGAUAGGUUGGACAAUUUUAGUUACAUAAUAGAGAGAUAUAUUAUUCCUUAAAUCUUCCACCAAAGAGUGCUUUGGUAUGGUGCCCAAAGGGCAUUCGAUUAAUCACAUAAAGAAGUGAUUCACAGCCGCAAACUUCUGCCAGUGAGAAAUCGAAGACCUUGCUGGAGGUUUUUCUGUGUCGCUACAAUUAGAGCAGAACUGAACCUCCCUGAGCGUAGACACAGCACAAUGUUGCCGACAGACUACGAAGUUGUCAUCUUGGGAGACUCGAAUGUGGGCAAGACAGCUCUGAUUUCGCGAUACAUAAAGGACGAAACGCCAGAGCGCGGACAGCCCACGGUAGGUGCUGAGUUUCUGGUAAAGACAAUAUGUGAGCCCCAUCUAAAUACGAAGCUAAAGAUCUGGGAUACGGCGGGUCAAAAGUGUUUUAAGGAAAUUUUACGAAGAUAUUAUACAGACUAUCAAGGCGCUUUACUUGUAUACGACAUACACAAUCGUCAGAGCUAUGAGUCCGCGAAAAAAUGGGCCGUCGAACUCAAAACAAAGCGCUGUACACCCAGGAUAGUCAUAGCUUUAGUGGGCCAUAAGGCUGAUAUUACGGAUGGUCGAGCUGUAGGCACCAUUGAGGCUGAGGAAUAUGCCAAAGAAAAUAGUUUAUUCUUUUGGGAGACUUCAUCUGUAACAAAUCUGAACAUAAGGGAAUGUUUUCUAGACGUGGUUUUAGCUAUGAAAAAAGCUGAAAUCUGUUGUUGUUUCGAAGGGAUAAAUCGAUCUUCCUGGUAUUUGUAGGAGAACAUUGUGGAAAAAGAAGCUGAUCAAAGGAUCCAUGAUCAGGGAUUGUCAUAAGGGACAUCAUUAUUGUAAGCACAUGUUUUUGGAUAUUACUUGGAGUCGAUACUCCAUAAACGCCUGCCAAUAAAUAAUGUUCUCAAAUCAUUUUUGGUUUAUUAAUAUUUUUUCUAAUUUCCGUUUUUCGUUU